GGGGAGCUGCGGGCCGCCCCCCCGAGCUCCCCCCGCCGCCGGUUCCAUUCAUGCUUUCUCCUGCCUUCGCCAUCUCCCUCGCCGAGCGAGGGGAGAAGACGGGAGCGCGCGUGGGCGGCCGCUGCCAGGCUCCCUGUCAGUCACACCGCCGCCGCCGCCGCCGCGCUGCGAAGAAGGCGAGCGGGGGAAGAAGGAGGGGCUGGCGGCGCUGCCCCCAGCCUCACUGCCCCUGCCCGGGGCGGCUGCUGCGGAGCCUGAGGCGGGCGCGGCCCCACGGAGGGGAGCGGCGGCGUCCUGAGGGAUCAUGUUUCGUUAAAAGUGCUGAGGAGCACCCAGAACUCUGAAGACAGCAGUUUUGUGCAAGAUAAGAAUGUUCCUUAAAGAAGCUGAUGGAGGAUAGAGCUCAAGAGUGCCUGUCAUACACUGGCAGCAUAAGAUGACACCAUAGUCUAGUCUGAAAUUGAAUAACAUUUGGAUUACGUUUUGACACACACUGCACACAGACAGUAUUCCGUAUUCUUGGGCCUAUAUAGUUCUUCCAUGCUAUGUUUGUAUUACAAGUGAAAGAUGCUGUACCGAGGCUUUACAGAUUCUAGAGCUUAAAGGACAUAAACAAUAAUCCCAGAGGAUCAUCUGUCCUGGAGCAGACACUGAAGCUAAGCUACUAUGUGACUAAAAGAACUGAGCACGUCUGAUGGUCUUUCCAAUCCAGCUGCAAUGGAGUCCAUGGAUGAAGCUGAAGGACAACAAGGACAGCUGAACAGGAAAGAGCAGUCCCUGAAAGCCUCCCAGAAAACAGCAUUGCUUGGUUGGGCUGCCUGGUGGAAUGGAUUCAUGACGGGAGACAACAUGUAUCUGUUUGUCCUCUCGCAGAUACUGCUUCUCUGCAUGAUGCUGUGGUACAGCACUUAUGGGACCAUCCCAGUAGCUCAGAAUGCCUUUGACCUGCUGUCUUACCUACUUACCCCAUUUGAACGAUUUUUGUCAGAUCAGGGGGAGGACCUGACUAGAAUUGGGAGUGUUGUGGUAUCAUAUAUCCUGCUGUCUUUAGCAUCUUUAGGACUGCUACUUGUAGGAUCUCUGUUUCGGCAUCUGCUCAGAGCCCGUCCAGAUCCCCCCUUUCCGCUACAAGAGGACAGACGCCAAUCUGUGAGCCGGCAGCCUUCAUUCACAUACUCAGAGUGGACAGAGGAUAAAAAUGAGGAUGACUUCCUAGAUUUGGAUCCCGUACCAGAGACCCCGGUCUUUGACUGCGUAAUGGACAUUAAAGCGGAGACAGAUCCAACUACUCUAACGGUUAAAUCCGUGGGCUUGCAAGAAAGGAGAGGUUCAAAUGUUUCACUCACGCUAGAUAUGUGUACCCCAGGCUGUUCUGAGCAAGGUUUUGGCUAUAUUAUGUCACCACGGGAACAGUCAGCUCAAGAAUACCUCCAGACAGCAUCAAACAUUCUUACUGAAGAGGAACUGCACAAGAAAGCGCUGGAUCCUUUCAUACUCCAGGCAGAGUUCUUUGAAAUUCCAAUGAACUUUGUUGAUCCAAAGGAAUAUGAUAUUCCAGGCUUGGUGCGGAAGAAUCGCUACAAAACAAUUCUCCCAAAUCCUCACAGCAGAGUGUGCCUUACCUCAGCUGAUCAGGACGACCCCCUUAGCUCUUACAUCAAUGCUAACUACAUCAGGGGCUAUGGAGGAGUGGAAAAGGUAUAUAUUGCUACUCAGGGACCAAUAGUUAAUACUGUCAGUGAUUUCUGGAGAAUGGUGUGGCAGGAGCGUUCUCCCAUCAUUGUCAUGAUUACCAAUAUAGAAGAGAUGAAUGAGAAAUGCACAGAAUAUUGGCCAGAGGAACAGGUCACCUACGAAGGAAUAGAAAUCACAGUUAACCAAGUCAUACAAGCAGAUGAUUACCGUUUAAGGCUCAUCACCCUAAAGAAAGGAGAAGAAGUCAGAAACCUGAAACAUUACUGGUACACAUCUUGGCCAGACCAGAAGACACCAGAUCAAGCUCCCCCUCUGUUACAGCUAGUGCUGGAAGUGGAUGAGGUAAUGCAGAGUGCAGAAGAGAAGAAUGCCCCAGUGAUUGUUCACUGCAGUGCAGGCAUCGGGAGGACAGGCUGCUUUAUUGCAACUAGUGUCUGUUGUAAACAGCUGAAGAGUGAGGGCAUAGUUGACAUAUUGCGAACAGCCUGCCAGUUACGGUUAGACAGGGGAGGAAUGAUCCAGACUUGUGAACAGUAUCAAUUUGUCCAUCAUGUCAUGAGCUUGUACGGAAAACAGCUUUCUAGAGCAGCAGAAGAAUAAGUGUUCAUGAUAUUCCUAAAGGCUAAAACCAAGAGAACUUUUGACUGCAUUCAGAUAUAUUUCAGAUCUGAUAAGAGAUGCAUGGUAACCUGGCUGUCUUAGCUGGAGAGAAAGAUAUAUUAUUUUACUUUGAUAUUGCUUUUAUGCUCUUGUUUGCAUUGACAUUUAAGAGCUGAGGUACGCCUUGUCUUAAACAUAUGUGACAGGACAUAAUCUUCACCAAAAAAGGCUUAUUUAUACUGUAAAUAAGGAUAGUAGCUUCAUUUGUUACAAAAUCAAAAAGAAAAAAAAAAGUCUUCAGUUUGCUAUUUUUAAAAGAUAAUUGCUAUUAUAUCCAAAUACAGUGUGAAACUUUUUGAAUUGUCAUGCUGAAAUGUGCCGUAUGUUGACUAAGCUUGAAAGUAACUUUUUGCCUCUUUCUGAUUGUUUUUACAUAUAAAAUUACCGAAUACUGUGUAUAUCGUAAACCUUCUGAGCCUCUGCAUUGAAAGAUUCAAGUAGAUUCAUGUUGAAAUGUUUCACACGUCAUGUUUGCUUGUUGUUUUUUUUUUGUUUUGGUUUGUUUUUUAAAGCAGUCCCCACCAGUGUUAUCAGAACUAAAGGGAAAAAAAUGAUUUCAUUGAUGUGAGUGAAAUUCUUGCCUCCAGUUCCUACCAGCAACAUACCUUGGUAUCCUUACAGCUGGGUGAAUCUGAGAUUGAUAGGGGAGAAGUUAAUCUGAAUUCUUCAUAUUUUACGUUUCCUUUGUCAAUAUUUUGGCAUCUCAACAUGGAGCCAGAUUUUACUUGUGCAAGUAUUUUCUCUUUUUGCAUAUUGAAAUCAUAAUCCCAAUACAACUUCCUCAGAAAUUUGAGGAAUUUAAGGUGAGGAAUUACUAUUCUUUUAAUUGAGUUCAUCUUUAUCAAAAAAUGAAUAACAGAAACACUUGUGUUCUGAAUUUAAACCUGUUUCAAUGCUUUGAGAGUAACUGAGUGCCCAGUGCUCAUUAAGACUAGUAUGACUAGAAAUGAAAAUCUUAUAGGCAGCUUUAAAAAAAAAAAAAAAAAAGCCUAAAUCUGUUAGCUGUUCUUUGAUACGUUUCCCCUCAAACCCAAUUGAGACAAUUGUUAGCCCAUUAUAAUCACUAGUCCAGGCAACAGCAUUUCCUUUAAAAUAAUAGACUACUGACAGACUACUGCCCAUGCUUUUGUUUUUAGCCCUCAGUCUGGCUAUGCAGGCUGAAGUUUGUGUUUAAUGCUUAGAGGUAAGCACAUGUUUCAGUGCUCUGAUGAGCAGAGAAAAAAGGAGGUACAUAGGACUAUUUACAUGAAAGAUGAGUGUUUUGUGAAUAGAAGCUGUAAUCAUCUACUGCAAAUAAUUUGCUUCUCUAUUUGUGACAAUAACCAAAACCCACUGCUUUUGCUGGUGCAGAAGAUUCUCUGAACUUACUGCACUUUGUUAUCAGGAGAAGGGAAAGCAGCUCUCAGAACAGUAAGGGCUGAUCCUGCUCUCACUGAGGUUUUGCCAUUGACAUCAGCAGGUGCAGGGUAGGGCCAGAAAUGUUAUGCCUACAACUUCAUCACUGUGCAGAAAGCUUCCCAGUAUUUCAGUACACAUCCUUUAUGUUUAUUCUGUAUCCAUGAACCUGUAAAAAUCCUGUCAGCAGGGUUUGCAUGAAUGUGUGGCAAAAUGUGUUAUCUUUAAACCACUUGAUUUUAUUGCUGUAUUUAAAAUAUUUCCUUCAGUGAGAAGCUAGCAGGAAGAACUGGCAUUCUUUUUAAAAAUACUGGCGGUAGUCAUUAAAUAGAGCAAUAAACUUAAGCUUUUGAGCAUAACAUGACUGUUAGUUUUAUGUAAACCUUGCUAGCUAUGUUCUUCCCAUUGCUACUGAUUCUUUCAAAAGGGUAACGCUAUUUUGUCUGAGCACUCCUUAGAAAUAACAAAAGCACCACUGAUGUUCUGAAUGGCAUUGUAAGUGGAAUUCCCUAUAAUGUUUUCAGCUGUUCAGUGCCCUUCAGUGUCAAAAUUGACUCAGUGAAUAAAAUGACUUGUUCUGUCAUCAGCUUGCUGUGUAUCUAAUAAAGAAUAUUUGUUGAUGAUGGGUAGGAUUGUGCAUGUAGGAGAGAAGUUGACUGUAUAAGCUGCCUUCUGUACAAGGAAACUUUCUAGAGGAGAAUUGCUGUAUGGCAAACAAGGUACGAAGGGCUUUUAGCAUACUGACAAGGUCCAUAUGCAGAUCUUCAGCAGGCACUAGUUAGCAGUGUGGUUUGUUGACUUGAACAGAAACAAUUUUUACUGGUGAAUGAAAUCUAACCUGCUGCCCGCUCCUAUUCUGCAUAUGUGGAGUGUCCCGAGAGUGUGGCCAUGGGUAAAGUCUGGCUGUUUUGCAUCAAUUCACUAGUAUAAAGCAAGUGUCAGCCUACUUCCCCUCUCUGGUUAUGAGGACUGCCCUCCUGCCAUCUCACACCAGGCAAGAGCAUGCUGCUUAGUCAAGACCAAAAUAUUCAAAUGCCUCUUGAAGUGUUAUUUUGUCUAACAAUCAGAGCUAAUCCUCCUAUUUAUACUUCAGCCUUACCAGAAUUAACAUUUCUCUUAAAAAAAAUAAAUAAAUAAAAAGGGGGAGGGGGGUCUGAAGGACCUUGUAUUAGCUGCUCUGGUCUCUUCUGAUGGCAGAGGUAGUCUUAAGUGUUCAGGAUUAGCAGAAAGGAUCUCUGACCAUGCAGAAGCACUUGAGGUGAGUGGAGCUGCUGUUUCUGCUACUCAGAAGGUUUGAAACUGAGCUGACAAUAGGGACUAAGCCAAACUGUGCAUCUCACUAGGCUUCUAUUUUUACUAGGCACUCUAAGAAAAAAUUCUAGCAUACUUUAUGCCCCCAAGCCUAUUUAUACCUGAAACUGCAGUAUUAACACCUACAAACAACACAGUUGUUCCUCAAAGGGCUGAAUUCCUCUCCUUGGAUAUGUUAGCAUGUAAUAACCUGAGCUAAUUUUAUUUAUAACUGGCUGUAAUGUCUUCUCUGUCAGUUUCAUAAACUUUUUUCACACUAAGUGUGAAAAGACUAAGGCAGAGCCUAGAUCAAUUCCUUGUUUGUUCAUCAGUCACUGGCCAUCAUGCUUAUGCAGUUAUCAUUUGUUUCACUUGUGGUAACAGUAAUGACACUUUCUGUCCUUUUGUAGGUCUUCUGAGAUCUGCAGACACACAGGAUUACGUAAAAAAAAAAAAAAAAAAAAAGACUAACAUAGCAUGAGAGAGCAUGAGCUGUCCCCAGGUAAAGCAUGACUGACUCUCUCAAGGGUCAUAAUAAGUUACUUUGGUCAAAUUACUUUGAAAUAUCAGCUAUCUACUAUGUAUAAUACUUACUUGCACAACUUUCAAAAGCUGCUAACAAUUUUGGAUGUUUCCUCAGUAAGUACACUACUUAGGAAAAUCUUAAUCUAUGAGUUUGCAGUAACAAAAGGACUUGAGACCAAAAAGAUCAUGAAACAGAAUCUUGGUUCCCCUCAUUUCUCUGCAGUGGAGGAACUGUGUAGAUUGCACAGUAAGGUGGUCUUAAAGUGUGUCAAUCACUUGGUGAGUUGGUAAGUUUUAGAAGUGCAUCUGAAGUGUGACUUCAAUUUGUUCUUUCCCUGCAAAUCAUUUUAAAGGGAAAAGGUAAUUUUACAAGUUGCUAAUCAUAAAUGUCUCUUUCUAAUUUUGACAUAAAACAUGUUUUGUGCGUCUGCUAAGGAGGGAAAAAUUGUUUUCUGAGAUAUGUUGGGGAUAACCUUAAGUCUACUGCCUCAGCAGAAGAAAUGUAUUGGCUGAUGUCUGUGAGAGUGACGAUUAACAUAAGAUAACAUAGGGCAGCUCGGAAUUCCUGCAGGAAAAAAAUGACUCCAUUCAAAAGCACAAAAGGAAUAUAUGAAUGAAAGCAGCAUUUGCAGCUCUGUUUAUAAGGAACAAACAUUCAAAUAACUGCAUGCUCUAGAAAAUUGGUAUCUAAAAGUAAAUUUCACAUAUUCACAAAGAGGUGAAUUCCUUCUAUUGCAGGCAAGGAAAGAGAAGAGUCCACUCUCCUCUGAGUACUGAUACACAGAUCAGGCUCCAGCACUUGAAUACAUCUGAAGCCACAUUCUCAUGGCAUAGCAUGAACCUUCACAGAAGGGAGUACAAUUAACUUCAAUACAGAAGAUCUUCCCAGGCUUUGUGCUUCAUGUAAUUCCAAGUAGGGCAGCAGGCAAGAUUUAUUCAGUUGAUAGCAAAGCUGAACACAGAGGCUAAACAAUUUACUCAGAAUUAAAAGUCUUACUGGCAUCACAGCUGGCAGUAUGGUUCACAGCAUCUAAGACGAUAAAGUUGGCAAAGAACUCAGGUAUUGUAAUUCCUGCCCCUCAUUUCUCUUUCAUCACUGGACCAUGCUCCUCAAAUUCCAUGUUUCAUAUCUCUUGUUUCUCUCUUAUCUGCUUAUUGCUCCUUAGGCUUGAAAUACAGUAAAAAUAAUAAAAAUAGUAAUUAUUUUUAUUAGGAAAAAUAAAUAACUCACUGUGUCGCACUAGUUUUAAUCCAAAGUGCUGAUAGCUAGUUUCUUCCAGGGACCAUCUCUUCCCUUGGAGAGAGUCUGUGUUGUCAGACACCCUUCAGAGGGCCUCAGGGGACCUCUUCUGCCUACCUUUUGAUCUCAAUACAUCUCAGAAUUUUGGGGACAAAAUAUCUGCAGUACCAUGCAUCUUUAGACUAAAGACAUUUCUCCUUUGGGAAAUGAUGCCUGAGUCAAAUUUUUGCUAUGUAUGGCCUUAACUCCUCUAGUCCCAUAAGCAGCUACAAUGUGUCUGCUUUUCUCUGCAAAGGCAAUGCUUCUCUCCAGGGAUCAGAGGGAAAAAAAAUCUGCAUAGAUCCUUUUGGUCCAAUCUUUCUCCUUUGCAUGCUUAUUUAGCCUGUUUGCCUCUGAAGUGGACAUAAGGAAAAUUGUCAGGAUUUAAGUCAAAGUUAAUAAGGUACCACAGAACAAUAGAAACCUCCUCUCUUAACAGAUAACUUUGAUUCCUUUUGUCUCAGAAGAAGGAAAAAAGGGUGUGAUUGGUUUUUACUACAUCCACUGUUAUUAUCUUCGCACUUAGGCUGGUGUGAGGAAUAAUGCAGAGCAGACACCCAGCCAUCACAAAGGUCAGGAUAAUAACUCUUCAUUAGAGAAUCCUUCACUCCCUUCUCUAGGCCUGCGCCUGACAGUGUGGCCAGACUUAAUGUUCCAAAGUGAAAGAUCUUCUCAUUCAUAUACAUUAGCUUUUUCCUACAGCACUAUGCACGCAUGUGUAUGCAUACGCACAUGCCCACUCAGUGCGCCACAGUAGCUGGUGUAAGAACAGAAGGAUGAGGGAGGACUCGUGAGCACUGUGAAAUGAGCAUGGAAACGGACUGCCUGGUUUUUGAGUCUGUUUGGAAUAGUGGGUGGAAUUGGAUUGGGUUGGCAGUGUUUUGUUUUUGUUGGGGAAAAUGCGACUCUCAGCCCAGAAACCAGGUUUCUCUGUAUCUAAUUUAGGCCCUUGUUUCUCAAUUAGAACAUUGAAGGGGUAAAUGCAAGUCAGUUCCUUGACAGAUUUAUUAGACAAGCAAUAAAUAAUACCUGAUCCACUUUACAGCAUGACCAAUCCUAUUUCCACACUAUUCUGAUUUGAUGAAUGUAUCUGUGUUAAUAACACUAACUUCUAGAGAAGGAAGCACAGAGCCUCUGUCAUGCUGGAAUCCUUCUUUAGCCUGUGAACUACAGCAUGCAGUUACUUUUGGUGUCUAUAUACAAUAUUUUUAGCUCACUGGAAAAGCUGACAAUGUUUUAGCCUCUGCACUAUUUUUUUAAAUUGAUUCUUGUUAAUUUUCUUUUUGCCUUCCCCUUUCUUUCUGAGACAGGUAGAAAUCAUCUGAAAUCAUCAGUAAAAGUGGUAUAUUUCCUGGAGAAUUGCCAGUUGCUUUGUGUGGUGUUUACACUUAGAAUUACUUCUGUCAGCCUCUGGAAGUUGGCUAGCAAACAUUCUUUGGUGUUUCAAGUUCCUGUGUGUUGCAAAAUGUAAGUGGAAGGUGCCUCCUGCACUAGACUCCCUUCUCAUUUGAAUUUAGCAUAAAUACAGAAUAGAUAACAGUAGUCUGUUAUAAGCAGAAAUCAAUUGCAGCCACUGAAGAGAAGCAGUUUAUUGCCACUAGUUCACCCUAAUUUACAAACAAGAUAUGUAGUUUGUGUCCUUCAGAAUGGAUAGACCUGUAUCCUUGUAAAGAGGCCUCUUGUACUUGCAGUAUUUCACUGCUGCUGCUGUUAACACUAAUAAUGUAAAAGAGAGAGAAAUACACAGGCUGUGACCUGUAAUUCAUUCUCUUGAGAACUACCCUAGUGUUUGGGAAUUGAAGUCCUUCUCCAUACAAAGAAGGGUGACAAUCUCAGACUUAUUACAUGUGAACAAGAACUGUUCAAAGAGUAUCUUCUGUAAUCUAAAGUUAUAAACUGGUUUUCCAAAGAGAUCAGUCCCUGUCUGAUUAUCUGAACAAACUGGUUGGACUCAGAAAUGGUGGAUACUGCUGCCUGUAGAACUUAAAAAUAAACAAAGCCAAAGGCUGCCCAGCUCACUAGGUUGUGAAGCAAGCAUUGAGGACUGACUUAACUGCCAAAGCAAAAUUUGUUGAAUGCUGUAAUGUUUGAAACCUGACCCUACGUGUUUUCUUUUUAUCAUGAAAAACAAGGGUAAAUUGUUUAAUAGUCUGCCUUUGAUCAGAGUUCUAAAAUGGUGUUAUAAAUGAUUACAACAAAAUGUGGGAUUGGGGAGGUGAUGUUUAUUUUUAAAUAAAGAAGACGUACCUUUAACUUAC